AUGACCGCCUCGAUGCAAGUCGUCCAAACUACCAAAGAGCAGCGCUCAUAUUAUAAGAAGGUAUUACACCGGCUCAUAGAAAAAUUGUCCAUCCCUCGCGGUAUAAAACAACCGGUGAUUUAUGAAGUCGGACUAGGCAAAGAAUUGCCUCAGGACCUCAAAGGCAAGAUUACAUUUGAGCCAGGAUAUAUCGGCACAGGGGGCUUCGGAAAAGUAUACAAAGGGAAAUAUAAAAUCGGCCGGGGCAAGAAAAUAUUGGUUGCUGUCAAAUUCUUGGAAGUACCAUGGAGCGAGAAUAUGGCCACGAAGAUCUUACAGGCAUGUUACCUUCACAGAGAGACUUUUGUCUGGAGUACUUUAAAACAUCCCAAUAUUCUGGACUUGCUGGGGAUUUGCUCUGGGCUGAACAAUUCAACCAGCCGCGUACCUGCCCUCAUCUCCCCGUACUGUCCUCACGGAAAUCUAAGAGACUUCUUGCGCCUUAACCCCGAUACGAUGCGACUACCUCUUGCAUGCCAAGUGGUCAGGGGGUUGGAGUAUCUCCACACAAAGGACAUCAUCCAUGGUGAUAUCAAACCUGAGAACAUACUUGUUGACGCAGAACUCAGAGCUCUCCUGUGCGACUUUGGCAGAUCCCAAGUCAUUGGAAUAGAUGGAUUCGAGACGACGUUAGCAUCCUCCCACCAUUACACCGCGCCGGAGCUUCUCGACGCUCGAACCGAGCUGGUAGCGUUGACCAAGCCAUCGGAUAUCUUUUCCUUGACAGUAACGCUGCUACGGGUGGUCACGGACAGGGCCCCUUUCUAUCCUGAGAUUGGUCCCCGCAUUAACCGCCUAUUUGCGGAAGGGAAGCGACCCCUUCCGGAGCCAUAUUUUGAGGCAAGCUCGGAAAUGACUGGAGGGCUCUGGAAGCUCUUUGACCGAGGAUGGGCAUGCGAUCCAUCUCUCCGUCCAACCGCACAUCAGUACAUGUCAGAUAUCGAAGCCCUUCCUCCCAGAUUUGAUACGUAG